UGGCCCUGGCAGCUUAGACAAAUAUAUUCACGUGCACUAAAUGUUAAAUGUUCAUAUUUUUAUAAGUAGGAUAUAGAAAAAUGUUUCGCGUGCAUGCCAACACUUGCAAGCGUCAGCUGUUCAGUUGCAAAUUUUUGGGCAAAUGUCUUUAUGAUAAAUUUGUGCAGUGCUCGAAGGCAGCUGAGCACACAACUAUGCUAAGCCGCAGUUUUGCAGCGCAGUGCGGACCGAAAACUAAGAUUGCCAUCAAACUUAUGCCUGCGUUUGCAAAGCCCAAGCUGAGCUACGAUCAGAAGAAUAUGCGACUGGGACGCGAGCUGGCGCCACAUCUGAAGAUCUACAAGAAGCAGCUAACAUCAGCGCUAUCCAUUCUCAUACGCAUAAGUGGCUGCAUUUUGUGCGUGGGAGUUUGGAUUAUAGGCCUAAGCGGCCUGCUGUGCGAUUGCUCGCUUAACGCAGUGGCCAAAGAAAUGGAGCAAUGCGAACUUGCUGCCAAGCUGCUAAAUGUGGGCAAAGUGCUGCUGGCGCUGCCGCUGGCCUAUCAUUUAGUGGGUGGCACGCGUCAUUUGAUUUGGUAUUUCAAUGUGUUUUUAAGCAAGCCACAGAUCUAUGCAACUGGCUAUUUGGCCAUUGUGCUGACUUUUGUGUUGGCCGCAGCGAUUGCUACACUAGACUUUGGCUCAGAUGAGGCGGCUAAGUUGAAGGAGCCGGAGCCUGAGCCGGCGAAGAAGAAAUAAUUAAAUUGUAUGCAGAUAAAUUUAUAGUGACUGUAUAUACUGCUGCUUUUAACAAUAACAAUAUUAAAAUUGUGUGCAGUUUUUCACAUUACACAUACGCCAGGUGUCCGGCAAAUGUAA